AUGUCGGAGCCCUUGCUCGGAGUCAUCCUGGCGACUUCCUCUUCUCGAGGGUCGCACAUCGUCUUUCGCUGGCCGAACAACCCGAAACUCUUCAAGCGUUAUUCCAAGGUCAAAUACUACACUGAUGCACGCCCUCCAGGCCGCUCCCACCUCGACGACGACCUCGAUCCAGUACGCCAGAAAGCAAAGUGGGACAGACAUGACGAAGAUGAAGACGACAAUGCCGAUGCCAACCCUCCCGACAAUGGUCAGAGCGAUACCCCUUCCUCUUCCGAUGUCGAGGACUCGGAUGGAACCGUCGCCGACGAUGAUGAGAACAGGUCCGUGCGUGACCCUGCAGAAACCAUAGUCUCGUAUGGCCGGUCAAAAGGAGGCGCGGCUCCAUCGACUAGCAGAUCCAAGUCGAAGGCAAGGAGGCCCAUGACUGGUCUCGAAGAGUCUACGCAGAGUGUUCGCUCGGCUGAUCGACAGAAUGGAGGGCACAGAGACAAUGGUGAUACCCACGACAAGGCGCCGGACUCGGAUGCAGGGACAUCGAAAGAGUUUUCGCCAGAGGAGAAAGCAAGGCGCGAAGAGAGAGCUGCAAGAGCAUACAAGACCUAUCUCGGAUACGAUAUUGAGAUCCUUGCUAGCAUCCUCAAUCCUCGACCGGAGCUCGCGCAUCAGAAGUUCGAGCUGAUUGUUGAUGACCUUGCUUUCCUAGGUCAUCCAGUCUCAGCGGGCAAAGCUGGUACGUGGGGGGAUCCGGAAAACAACCGCGACGGCAAUGACAAGGAUGCUGAUGAUGACAACGACAGAUCGAAAGCUCAAACGCAGCAACGAGGUCGAUCAGGGCUACGCAAAGAGGUCCGCCCGUACGAUCUCCAGGAUGGCGAGGAAACCUCAAAGGACUCAACGGCACCAACCUCUGCUAAGAACGACAAGGCCGAGCUGCAGUCAUCGGCAAAGUCAAGAAGCAUUUCUCAAUCUUGCAUGGAGCUGACGACCGACUCUACGACAUCAUCGAAAUCACAUGCACCCUUGUCCUCAUUCCAUCUGGUAUUGGUCCUGGACAGGCCCGACCCUUCUGCUGCCAUGUCCGGAAUGGACCUUUCGUCAUGGCUUCAGCUCUUCUACGACAACAUCGUCUUCAAGAUGACCGCUGCGCUCUUUGCGGAGCAGUCCAAGUCCGACUAUGUAGGCUGCGAAACGGAGAAGCUACUCUCCCUUCGCGAGCGAUGCAUGGACGACGGACAAGCCUAUGCUGCAUAUGCUGCCCAAUGUCUCGGCAUUUCCUCACUGGCUCGAUGCAUUCGAGACCUGCACAAAAGCAUCAGCACCUCAUCUGAUGCCUUCUUGACCAUCAAUGACCGAAUCGAAGUCCAUCUUCAGCUACCGCCGAUCUUGCAAGACCCAACCAACCUGCCAAAGACGGUCGACAUCGAGACGGAGCUCGAUCCAAAUGAUCCCAUCUUUCUUUCCGGUGGCGGAUUUGCAGGUUUGGGCAAAGAGGGUGCAGAUGAAGACGGCGGUGGUGGUACGUAUGAUAGACUGUUGGACCUCGCACCGCAUCAGCUUAGCUUUGAGGAAUGGUGCAGAACUACAGGACCGUAUCUGUUGCCAUGGAAAACAUUGCUCCUGCUGCACGAUCAAGCCGAUGAAACACUAGCACGUGGUCGACAGACGCCAGGCAAUUCUAGUCCAGCAGGAAUGGCUUCUCCCGGUGGAGGUGGUAGCACGGGUCCCGAAGCGCACGGCUUCGAACAGCUGGCACGCAACUUCACAAGCCUCUUCAGACUCAACCUUAACCAUUCGCUGAACCUGAGCGAAGUCGCUGACAUGCUCGGCUGGAAUCUGUACGAGGAUGUCUAUCCCAUGGUCCGACACUUGAUCUACUACAGACAAGCUAGGGUGAUCGAUAUCCCUCGUGUGCAUCACGUUUAUGCUAUUUCGCCGUUGUUCGAUUUUGCUCGCUUGGGCCCUCUUUCCACCAUCUGGGCGCAGACGUUCCCUGAUAUGGUGCCACUACCCGUGUUUCUGUCACAGCUCUCCUCAUCUGCGCGUCCACUCAGCACCUACUUCCCGUCAAGGCACCAGAGGGAGCUUGCGCUGGAUGUGCUCAUCUGGUUGCUACGAAGAGAAGUCGUUGUCAAGAUGCAUAUCAGAUUGCGGCUCAUCGCAACAGAGAACGUCAAGCGACGAACGGCAGAGAGAAGAAUCGAACGGCACGAAAGGCAUAGGGCGAGAAAGGAGAAGAAGCGGGAGAGAGCUGCAAGAGCAGAAGCGAGGCGAAUCAAAAAGUCGCAGGCCGAAGAAAAGCAGAAACGGAAAGCUGCGGAACAGGCCGAGCGCGAGAAGGCUGAGGCAGGGGUGAAGGAGGUAGGACAGCAAGAGAAUAGGGGUAGGAGCAGAGACGGGGACCGAUCGCGCUCGACUGAUGCAAGGCGACAAGCUACCGCGACGGCCGAGGCGACGGAAGGUGAAGGCAUGAAGGAUGAUUGCGACAUUUGUGCCACCAGCGAGGAAGCGGCGGUACCAACGUCGGGGUUGAGUGUCUCGAGACCGCCCAUUCUGGCCCAUCCAGAUAGGGUGGCGGAGGCAGCUGCGGCCGCUGCAGAAAUCGCAGGAGGCAGUACUGGUGCAGAAGAGCGUAAGUCUACCUCUCGUGAGCAUGAUGGACAUCACCACCAUCACCAUCACGGCCAUCACCACCACCUCCAUCACCACCACCUCCAUCACCAUCGCCACCACCACCGACAUCCCAAAGACUCGACUGGCGGAACCGAUUCAAGCGCAGCAGCAGCUACUGAUGCUACUACAGCAGAAAAGUCGCCAGUUCCCAUCAAUAUUGGGCCAUCUAAACAGGCUUUUGAUGAGCUCAAGUUCGAGCGACGACCCGUUCUGCGCUCACGAUCUCCAUCAACAGCGAUGAAGACUCCAGCCUCAAUGAGCCAAGGACUUUCGGUCAGCUUUAGCAAUCUCAGCGAGCGUGGUGAGCUAGGUCACCGUGCUCGUGCCGACACCACUGGUUCGACUUCCUCUGGCGGUGCUGGCUUGGGGUUGGCACAGGGAAGGAACCGCGGUGACGGGCUCAGUAUGACGCCAACAACUUCGCAACAGUCUCGACCCACAACGCCGAAUGUAAUCGGUAGGAGCAUCCCUUUGCAUGUGCGCGAUCGGUCGGCGGGAGGAGGCAGCUCCAAUGUUUCUUCAAGUGCAGAGGGGAGUGUUCCUGGACGAGCCAGAAGAGCGACAAGCUCAGCUAGCCGUGGUGGUGGCAGAAAGGGAGUCGCGAGAUCGAGGUCGCCUUCAAGAGCUAGGAUGAGAGUCAAAGGUUUCGGUGUGGGUGCAGAAGUAGAGAUUGACGAAGAGAAGAGCGAUGAGGAAGCAGCGGUACCCGAGGAGGAAGAUGCUAAUGCGGACGGAGAUGAUAGGUUCGAAGCCAAACCCAGUGUGCUCGCUUCCAAGCUUCGAUCGCUUCAACUCGGAUGCAAAGAACAAACAGCCGGACAGAAGAACAGCAAAGAGAUGAAAAAGAGACGCAUCUCAACAGCAAGCGAACGACCCGAUUUGCCACCACCGAGCGAAAGUGAAGUCAGCGGUGCAGAACAUCCUUCCGCCUGCUCUUGCGACAGAUGUAGCACUUCCUCCAGCAGCAGUCGCUCGAUCUCAACCUCGGAUUUCAGCCUUUCAUCCGAGCUAGAUUCCGACUGCUACUCCCCCGGCCCUAGCCGUCACCGUCACCGACGCCACUCGACCUCUUGCUCCGGCUCCUCCCCCACCUCCUCCAGCCCAGCCCUGCAUCAAAGCAACACAACCACCACAGCAGGCGAAGAGGAUUUCACGGAGUCGCUUAUCGUCGAACCCUCCCGUGCCUCUCGUCGGGAAAACGAAUACAUCUCAACCAUGGUUGCAGAAAAAGAACCUGCCACAGUCAAAAACUUUUUCAGGCUGUUGCCGUAUUUGAACGGCAAACACACAAUAGAUGAGAUCGAGUAUAGGGUCAGGAUGAGAAGGAGGGACAUCAGGAGAUUGUUGAAUGUGUUUAGGGAGUUUAUUGUUACUUUUAUGCAUCCCUAA